AUGUGGACAGUCUCCAGCAGUUGCGACUAUGUCUUUGUCAGCGGGAAGGAGUCGCGGGGCUCCAUGAGCGCCCGGGUCACCUUCACUUACGAGCACCUCUCUGCCCCGCUGGAGAUGACCGUGUGGGUGCCCAAACUGCCCCUGCACAUCGAGCUCUCGGACGCCCGGCUGAGCCAAGUGAAGGCCUGGAGGGUGCCCAUCCUGCCAGACAGGAGGUCCAUACGGGACAGCGACCAUGAGGAAGAUGAAGAGGAGAGGAAGCAGAGCCGAGGCUGUGCCUUGCAGUACCAGCACGCCACGCUGCAGGUCUUCACCCAGUUCCACACCACGUCGGCGGAGGGCACAGGCCAGGUUGUCACCAUGCUGGGGCCGGACUGGCUGGUGGAAGUCACGGACCUGGUCAGCGACUUCAUGCGUGUGGAUGACCCGCGGGUGGCCCACCUGGUGGACAGCUUCACGCUGGCUGGGAGGGAGCCGGGCACCACGCUCUUCAAGGUUGUGUCCCCACUGAUGGAAGCGGUGCUGGGCGAGACGCUGGUGACGGUGGCAGACGAGAAGGUCAGCAUCACAGACCUGAAGGCCCAAGUGGUCUCCAGCCUCUCCCUCUCCCUCCACCCCAGCCCCGGCAAUAGCCACACCAUCAUUGCCAAGACGUCCGCGCAGCAGACCCUCAGCUUCUUCAAGCAGGAAGCACUCCUCAGCUUGUGGAUUUCCUACAGUGAUGGCACCACAGCCCCUCUCUCCCUCUAUGACCCCAAGGAUUACAACCUGGUGGUGACCAGCCUGGAUGAGAAAGUGGUCUCAGUCACCCAAGACCGGCCCUUCCCCUUGGUGGUGGCAGAGAACGAGGGCUCAGGGGAGCUGCUCCGGGCUGAGCUGGUCAUCUGUGAGAGCUGCCAGAAGACGAAACGCAAGAGCGUGCUCUUCACAGCCUUGGCCAGCGUGCGGGUCCACUUCGGCUCCGAGGAGGACCCAACCUAUGACUACGACCAUGUGCCGAGCAAGCCGGGGCGCGAGGAGACAGCAGCAAGUACCACCCUGCGGGCAGAGGUGGAGAGAAAAGCGGAGCCAAGUGAGGACAGUAGGAUGUCUAUUGCAUCUCACCCCACCGAGGACUUCCCCACCAUCCCCACUGGCUUUGUUCAGGUGACCAGGGGGCUGACGGACCUGGAGAUAGGCAUGUAUGCCCUUCUGGGUGUCUUCUGUCUGGCCAUCUUGGUCUUCCUCAUCAACUGUAUUGUCUUUGUGCUGAAAUAUCGGCACAAACGCAUCCCGCCAGAAGGUCAGACCAACAUGGACCAUUCCCACCACUGGGUCUUCUUGGGCAACGGGCAGCCCUUGAGGGCUCACAAUGACCUCUCGCCCCAGGCCGAGAGUCCUGGGAACCCCUUGGAAAAUGUCCAGACUUGCUGCCAUGGGGACCACCACAGCAGUGGGAGCUCGCAGACCAGUGUGCAGAGCCAGGUCCAUGGCCGCGGGGACGGUUCCUCGGGGGGCUCCACACGGGACCAAAGCGAGGACCCACUCAACUCGCCCACCUCCAAACGGAAGCGGGUGAAAUUCACCACGUUUGCCACACUGCCCUCCGAUGAGCUGGCCUACAACUCCAUCCCCAUUGCCGAUGAGGAGGACUUGGAGUGGGUCUGCCAGGACAUGGGGCUCCAAGACCCCGAAGAGCUUCACAACUACAUCCGCAGAAUCAAAGAGAUCGCUUAACGCAGGGGCAGAGGGGACAG